AUGGAUUCGGGACGCCAACUAGCAACAAACGGAGACAGCGAACUCCCCAGGAAGAUUCUAAUACCGCCGCUACCAACUUCAAAUGGCCAAAGUACAACCCAGAGUACAGCUCAGAGUACGGCCCAGAGUACAGCCCAGAGUACCGGCCAAAGUACGGGCCAAAGUACGGGCCAAAGUACAGGCCAAAGUACAGGCCAAAGCACGGGCCAAAGUACAGGCCAAAGUACAGGUCAGAGUACAGGUCAAAGUACAGGUCCGUUAACUUACACAUCCUCCUUACUACCCGCAACACCAUUGCUGAACGAGUCGCAAGCUCAAGAUGAAGCAAAACCACCUCAUCGAUUUUCAUCUCCCCCAGCAUACCCCCCACCACUCGGCCCUUCGCCAUCAACACAAUCUCUUCCAUACCAAGGUGCUGGAGCACUAAAACAUCGACAUACUUUACAAGUGCCAAAAGCUGGCCCCCCAAGUCGAAGUUCCCGCGACGACGAUGCCUUGUAUACCAGCGGGAGAUUCUCACCUACAGCGUUUGCAACAGGCGUCAGGCGAGCCUCAUUGAAUCUCAAUCGACGACCCACACAGUCACUACAUUCUAAUAUGCCACACGACGAGAUACCCCCAGAUGAAGACGCGAUGAGGUGGGCAGAAGCAGUACGACAAAAGCGAGCUAGUAAGAGGAAGAGGAAAGACGAGGAAGAUGAUGAUCGAGUAGUUGUCGGAACAAAGGUUGAUCAGAACCAUGUGAAUUGGGUUACAGCAUAUAAUAUGUUGACUGGGAUUCGAUUCACCGUUUCGAGGACCAACGCGAAGCUUGAUAGACCGUUGACGGAUGCGGAUUUCGAAGCCAAACACAAGUUCUCGUUUGAUAUAACUGGAAACGAGCUGACGCCUUCCGCCAAAUACGACUUCAAGUUUAAGGACUACGCUCCAUGGGUAUUUCGACACUUGAGGGCAAAAUUCAAGCUUGAUCCCGCAGACUACCUAAUGUCCUUGACGAGCAAGUAUAUACUGUCGGAGCUUGGGUCUCCGGGGAAGAGUGGGAGCUUCUUCUACUUUUCUCGGGACUACAAGUACAUCAUCAAGACCAUCCACCACGCCGAGCACAAGUUCCUGCGGAAGAUCUUGAAGGAAUACUACCACCACGUUGAAGAAAACCCCAACACGCUCCUGUCACAAUUUUAUGGGCUCCAUAGGGUGAAGAUCCCUUAUGGUCGAAAGAUCCAUUUCGUCGUUAUGAACAACCUGUUCCCUCCGCACCGCGACAUACACCAAACAUUCGAUCUCAAAGGAUCGACUGUAGGCCGUGAUUACAGAGAAGAAGACUUGGAGAAGAAUCCUCGAGCGACCCUCAAAGAUCUAAACUGGCUACGGCGAAACAUGUACCUGGAAUUUGGGCCGGAGAAAAAACGAGUAUUCAUUGAACAGAUGGAACGAGAUGUGCGUCUCCUUCAACGACUAAAGAUCAUGGAUUAUAGCAUGCUGGUCGGAAUCCACGAUCUGAGAAAAGGCAACCAAGAAAACCUUCGCGACAAAACACUUCAAGUCUUUCAACCCGGAGGUGAUAGCACUGCCGAUGAUAUCUCUAGCUUGCCGGAAAGGGGAAUACUCAUGCGAACACCGAGUAAACUCGAAACAUUAAGAAAAGCUCGGGAAUUGCGACAGAUGAUUCAACAGGAAAAGCCGAUUCCGAUGGGCCAGACCGGCUCUAGGAUGCCGGACCAGAUGGAAGAAAAUACUGCGAAGAGAGACUUUAUAUUUUAUAGUGAUGAUGGCGGCUUUAGAGCUACCCACGAGGACAAUUCCCCGGGAGAUGAGAUCUUCUUUCUGAGUAUUAUUGAUUGUUUGACACAUUAUGGGGCGGUGAAGAAGUUGGAGCAUUUGUGGAAGGGACUCUCUCACGACAAGAAACAAAUCUCCCCCAUAGCACCUGAGCCGUACGGAGACCGCUUCAUUCGUUUCAUCGAAAGCAUCACCAAGUCCCCCGAAGAAGCAGCUAGAGAACCCCCACCAGCAGUACCACUCACCACCCAUAUCUCUUCCCACGCUCACAUCCACACCCGCCCUGAAUCCGUCUCGGAAACGGCAAGGAGAAGAAGUGGAAGCCAGCCAACGCAUCGACCGGCAACGACUAACACAACGGGUCAGAGGUCUGAGUCGGAAGCGAUGAAGAGUGAACAGAGAAGAGGACUGGAAGAUGAGCCGGACCCAAGAUUGCUGUCAACGAUCAGGAGCCCGAGCGCUGAUCGCACUGGGAGCAUGCAGGGACAGAUCUUGCCGGUCGUGGAAGAGUUGGGGGAGGCGUCCAGCACAGGAAGCCGAAGCGGACGAAGUCGGGAAAGAGAUGACACGCCUCCGACUCCCCCCAAAGAUAGGGUGGAUGGAAGGCCACCUACGCCAAGGAAAGAUGUGGUCAAUUCGAAUGGGGAGGGGGUGAAGACGAUCGGCAGGUCCAGUUUGGAUAAAGAGCUGCCUCCGCUUCCGAAGGUCUCGAGUCCAGCGGAGAUGUCGAGGGGGUAG